UACAGAACCUUCUCAGGAAGUAAUAACCUAAAAAACCCCAUAAGCAAUUACCACAAUGCCAUUGCACUUCGAAACUCUUCAAUUGCAUGCUGGUCAAGAAGUUGAUUCAGCUACUAAGGCUCGUGCUCCACCAAUUUACGCUACUACAUCUUAUGUCUUUGACGAUUCCAGAGAAGGUGCCCAACUUUUCGGCUUGGAGAAGCCAGGUAACAUCUACUCCAGAAUCAUGAACCCAACCACUGAUAUCUUUGAGAAGAGAAUUGCUGCAUUGGAGAACGGUGCUGCUGCUCUUGCAGUUUCUUCUGGUCAAGCUGCGCAGUUCACUGCCAUUGCCGCCUUGGCUCACUCUGGUGACAACAUUGUCUCUACUUCCUUCCUUUACGGUGGUACUUACAACCAGUUCAAGGUUGCCUUCAAGAGAUUCGGUAUUGAGACUCGUUUCGUCGAAGGUGACGACCCAGCCGAUUUCGAGAAGCUUAUUGACGAAAAGACCAAGGCUGUCUAUAUUGAGUCCAUCGGUAACCCAAAGUACAACAUCCCAGACUUUGAGAAGAUUGCCGAAGUUGCCCACAAGCACGGUGUUCCAGUGGUUGUUGACAACACCUUUGGUGCUGGUGGUGUCUUUGUCAAGCCAUUGGACCACGGUGCUGAUAUCGUGACACACUCUGCUACUAAGUGGAUCGGUGGUCACGGUACUACCAUUGCGGGUGUCGUUAUCGACUCUGGUAGAUUCCCAUGGAAGGACUACCCAGAGAAGUACCCACAAUUCUCUAAGCCAUCUGAAGGUUACCACGGGUUGGUGCUUAACGAUGCCUUGGGUAACUUGGCCUUUAUUGGUCAUGCCAGAAUUGAGAUCUUGAGAGACUUGGGUGCUACUUUGAACCCAUUCGGAUCUUUCUUGUUAUUGCAAGGUCUUGAGACUUUGUCCCUCCGUGUUGAGAGACAAGGUCAAAACGCUUUGGCUUUGGCUAAGUACUUGGAGAAGUCCCCAUACGUUUCCUGGGUGUCUUACCCAGGUUUGGAAUCCCACCCAUACCACGAGAACGCUAAGAAGUACUUGAGCAACGGUUUCGGUGCUGUCUUGUCCUUUGGUGUCAAGGCAUUGGAUGAAACUCCAGAGGAUGUUUUCCUCAAAUCUGGUCCACAAGUUGUUGACAACUUGCAGAUUGCUUCUAACUUGGCUAACGUUGGUGACUCUAAGACAUUGGUCAUUACUCCAUACUACACUACUCACCAGCAGUUGUCUCACGAGGAGAAGUUGGCCUCUGGUGUCACUGAGGACUUGAUUAGAGUUUCUGUCGGUACUGAGCACAUUGAUGAUCUUAUUGCCGACUUUGAACAAUCCUUCAGCAAGGUUUUCGGUAAGUAGAUUACAUAGAAGUGAUUACGAAGAAUUGAUGUUUUUAAACGGUUUGAA